CGGCUGGGGCAGCGCGGACGCAGCGCCGGGAGGUCCACGCGGCGCCUGCAGGAGCCGCGGCGGCCACCGGGGGCGGCCACGUGAGCGCGGCGCCGAGCGCCCGCCAGCCCGCCCGCGGCCCCGCCCCUGCCCGCCGCCUCCUGCCCCAGCCUCAGCUCGGCUGGUGUCCGGAUCCGCCGCCGGGACGCCGCGCCCUGCAGUUGCCCCAGCUCGGCCGACGGUCGCCGGCGCCCUUGCCCUUGCCCUUGGCACCGUCCCCAGCGCCCCGGGAUCAUUCCAGCGGCUCCGCGCGCCCCUCGCGCCGCGGGAUCGUUCCGGCGGCCGCCGCUGCCUCCCCGGAGCGCCGGCCCGCGCGCCCGUCUCGCCGCUCCCCGGCACUCUCGGGGGGCCCGCCCGCCCUGCACCCUGGAGCACCGGGCCUCGAGCCUCUGCCAGCUCCUCUGGAUCCUCGCGGCCGUGGGCAGCGGCUGCUGCGCCUGUCCGCCCGAGGCAGGACCCUCACCGCUGCAUUUGCCCAGUAACUCUGGCUGUGCCUCCCAGCCCUUGGGUAAGACGGGCACCCCGGGACCAUGGCAGAGGAAGACCUCAUCUUCCGCCUGGAAGGCGUGGAUGGCGGCCCGACCUCCCGGGCUGGUGAUUCAGACGCAGACAGUGACGAUGAGGAGGGUUACUUCAUCUGCCCCAUCACGGAUGACCCUGGGGCACACCAGAAUAUCAAUUCCAAGGUUAAUAACUACUACAGCAACCUAGCCAAAAGCCAGCGCUACGGCUCCAGCGGGUCUCCGGCCAGCUCCUUCCAUUUCAAGGAAGCUUGGAAGCAUGCAAUCGAGAAGGCCAAGCACAUGCCUGACCCCUGGGCUGAGUUCCACCUGGAGGACAUCGCCACAGAAUGCGCCAUGCGUCACAGGUACAAUGCUGUCACCGGGGAGUGGGUGGAGGAUGAAGUUCUGAUCAAGAUGGCAUCUCAGCCUUUUGGCCGGGGAGCCAUGAGAGAGUGCUUCAGGACGAAGAAGCUCUCCAACUUCUUGCACACCCGGCAGUGGAAGGGAGCCUCCAACUACGUGGCAAAGCGCUACAUCGAGUCUGUGGACAGGGACGUGUACUUUGAGGACGUGCGUCUACAGAUGGAGGCCAAACUCUGGGGAGAGGAGUAUAAUCGGCACAAGCCCCCCAAGCAGGUGGACAUCAUGCAGAUGUGCGUCAUAGAGCUGAAGGAGAGACCAGGCCGGCCCCUCUUCCACCUGGAGCACUACAUCGAGGGCAAGUACAUCAAGUACAACUCCAACUCGGGCUUCGUCCGCGAUGACAACGUGCGCCUGACACCACAGGCCUUCAGCCACUUCACGUUUGAGCGUUCCGGCCACCAGCUGAUUGUGGUGGACAUCCAGGGUGUGGGUGACCUCUAUACCGACCCGCAGAUCCACACCGAGAGGGGCACGGACUUUGGAGAUGGCAACCUAGGUGUCCGCGGGAUGGCUCUCUUCUUCCACUCUCACGCCUGCAACCGGAUUUGCGAGAGCAUGGGCCUCGCUCCUUUCGACCUCUCCCCAAGAGAGAGGGACGCAGUGAAUCAGAACGCCAAGCUGCUGCAAUCAGCCCAGACCAUCUUGAGGGGGACAGAGGAAAAGUGUGGGAGCCCCAGGGUGAGGACCCUCUCGGGGAGCCGGCCUCCCCUGCUCCUUCGCCUCUCGGAGAACUCUGGAGACGAGAACAUGAGUGAUGUAACCUUUGACUCUCUCCCUUCCUCGCCGUCUUCCGCCACGCCGCACAGCCACAAACUGGACCACCUCCAUUGGCCUGUGUUCAGCGACCUCAAUAACGUGGCAGCCCGAGACCACGACCCUCUGGACAACCACCGGGACUCUGAGAACAGUGGGGACAGCGGAUACCCCAGUGAGAAGCGGGGUGAGCUGGAUGACCCAGAGCCACGAGAACAUGGCCACUCAAAUGGUAACCGGAGGUACGAGUCGGAUGAAGACAGCCUGGGCAGCUGCGGACGGGUCUGUGUGGAGAAGUGGAAUCUCUUCAACGCCUCCCGCCUCCACCUGCCGAGGCCUUCAGCCGUGGCCCUGGAAGUGCAGAGGCUCAACGCUCUGGACCUUGAGAAGAGAAUCGGGAAGUCCAUUUUGGGGAAGGUCCAUCUGGCCAUGGUGCGCUACCACGAGGGCGGGCGCUUCUGCGAGAAGGAUGAGGAGUGGGACCGGGGGUCAGCGGUCUUCCAUCUGGAGCACGCAGCCGACCUGGGCGAGCUGGAGGCCAUCGUGGGCCUGGGACUCAUGUACUCGCAGCUGCCCCACCACAUCCUGGCAGACGUUUCUCUGAAGGAGACAGAAGAGAACAGAACCAAAGGAUUUGAUUAUUUACUGAAGGCAGCUGAAGCUGGCGACAGACAGUCCAUGAUCCUAGUGGCACGAGCCUUUGACACCGGCCAGAACCUCAGCCCAGACAGGUCCCAAAGUUGGCCAGAGGCUCUACACUGGUACAACACUGCCCUGGAGACAACUGACUGUGAUGAGGGCGGGGAGUAUGAUGGGAUGCAAGAUGAGCCCCGGUACCUGCUGCUGGCCAGGGAGGCGGAGAUGCUGUUCACAGGAGGCUGCGGGCUGGAGAAGGACCUGCAGAGAUCAGGCGACUUGUACACCCAGGCAGCCGAGGCAGCGAUGGAAGCCAUGAAGGGCCGGCUGGCCAACCAGUACUACGAGAAGGCGGAGGAGGCCUGGGCCCAGAUGGAGGAAUAGCUUGCUGGAAAAAUCACUGCCAGCCAGUCCCACGCUAAAGGGCCAGGAGUGGGGGAAAGAAAAAGACUUCUUUACUUAUUUAGGGUUGUUUGGGGGCCGGAGGGGGCAAAUAUUUUUAAUACGUUGUGAGUCAACUUUUGUAUUUUAUGUUUUGACUCGAAAACGUCUUUGCUACCAGUGGAGACACUGCAGCUUUUCCCCUAGGGCAGCAUUUUGGGGGAGUGGGGUUUGAAGAAGCAGCCUAAUGAACCAACGUAUCUUUUUGAGGUUCUUCUUCUGUGUUUUGUCGUUACUGUUGUUGUUGUUUGUCAUGAGAUGUAAGAAAAUGUGUCUUUUCUGCCCUGGGUGGAAAAUAGGAAGGCUUUUUGCGCAUCAGCCUUUUCGGGCUGGGCUGAAAUCUCAGGCCCCCAGAGCCUGUGUUUCUUGAGUCAGGAUGGGAUGGGGUACAGUAGAGCUGCACGUUGACUUUCCACGAGGUGUGUAUUGUCAGGACUUCGUGCAGAGCCUCCUUUCUUAGAGCAUUUGGAAGUGUGUGUGGCUUUUGUUGGUAGGUGUGAAAUUGCACAUCACCCAGGCCCCCUUCUGCCAUGGGGGAGGGCCUGCACACUGUUUUCUGAUCUUUUAAUUUCCUUCCUGAAAUGCAGUUCGGGAUUGCAUGAUUUUCUGGGAUGAAGCAAAUUCCAGUCUGAAGCACGUUUUCCACAGUGGGCUUUACAAAGCAGGUUUGAUUUUUAUAUGCACACUUUUACUACCUCUGACUCCUGCAUCAGCUAGUAUGGAAGUGGGUGCACCUCAGAGCUUUGACACGUAAGGACUGUGGCUUGGAAAGUUGGAGCCUUUCCUCCAAGCAGACAUGUACUCUGCAUCUCAGUGGCAGCAUCCGCAAUAUGACUGAAGAACCCCUUGUGCAGUAUUCCUCUGUAUUUUCUUAGCAUCUGAUGUUCUUAGGAAGAAUCUGCUCCCCAACCCUCAUCCUUGGCAUUCUCUGCUUGAAGCUUGGCUGAUUUUCUUGUCAUUUGCAGCAGGAUGCUUUCAGCAGCAGCCCCUUGAGAUUUGUUUAAGCUAUUGGAGAAUGAGAUGGCAAGAGCUAUAAACACUCAUUAAUUCCAGUGGUUUCCCAAGGGCCAGGCUAUGGGUAUCUGUAUUUAAUGAGCAUUCUCUUUAGAAGGAAUUCAGAUUUAACAUCAGUUAGAUUUCAGUUGGUGUUUCAAAUAGCAAAGAAAAUAGACUGCUUUGAUCAACCCCAAAUGCUAAAGCAGCCUCUCUUUCUUUGUUUAAAAAUGAAAACAUAAAAAAAACAGUGUAAUAUACAAACCAUUCUUUUUUUUCCUUUUUUUUUUUUUUCCUGGCUGCGCUACACAGCUUGCAGGAACCUUGUUCCUGACGAGGGAACUUGUUUUUAAGUUUUCCUGCAGUGGAAGCACGGAGUCCUAAUGACUGGACUGCCAGGGAAUUUCCAUACAAACCAUUCUUAUCUGUUCAUUAAGACAGGUCCUUCAGCAUAUUAGUGUUAAGUACUGUGGAGUCAUGACCCUGCAUGCAUUAGGUUCCCAAGUUCAGAGUGUGUCCUAAAGGAAAAAUCGAGCAGAGUCAAAAUUACCCUUGAAAAAUCCUUUAGAGCACCUAUACAUGAUGGUAUCCCUGUUUUUGUAUUUGGAGUCAUCACAACCAGUUUCCUUUAGAAGUUAGUAUGGAUCACCUUUUUUCCACUUGCACAGAUCAACUCGUUGGCUUGCCUUAAGUUGUUUGUUUUAAACCAGUGGGUGUAGUUCAUCUGCAUUUGUUAAAUGUAAGUUAGAAGCAACUUUAUUUUGACUUACCUCUUCAAAGGUAUCAAGCUUCAUAUAAUUCAUGCUUUUGUUGUUGCUGUUGUUCGUUCAACCAGCCUCCUCCCUCUCUUGAGAUUUCAUCAUGCAAAUCAUUUAUGUUCUGUGACCACCUGUCUCAUUUCUUAGUUAUAGGUCAGUGCUUUCCUCUAACACAGGGAUUGGCAACUUUUUGUAAAGGGCCAGAUAGUAGAUAUUUUAGGCUUUGCGGGCCAGAUGGUCUCUGUUGCAACUACUCAGCCCUGCUGAAACAUUGAUGAAGGAUACCUAAAUGAAUGAGCACGUCUGAUGUUCCAAUAAAACUUUAUUGGCAGAAACAGCCUACCUGGGCUAUCGUUUGCCAACCCCUGCUCUAAUGCUAAGAGCUACUAUAUUAAACCCCGAGGGCAAGAGUUACCUCAAUUUUUCUUCAGUCUCCAGUGGUUAAAAACAUAGUGCCUUGGCACAGAGCAGGCACUCCGUAAAUUCAUGAAAAAUGGAGAACCAGCCCUAGUCACAGCACUCACUCUUUGUGGCUCUGGUUCCUCCAGCUGGUUAAUGAGUCCAUGUCUGGAUUGGCUUGAACAGUCACCACUGCAGUUCCACUCACCCACAUGGCCUUAAUGUCAGGGCAUUUCCCUUCUCCUUCAGGAGGCUGGGCUCGCUAAGCAAAUGCUUCUUUAAGAACCAUUGAGAGCAAAAUGACCUGCAAAACACUGAGAUCCUUCUGAGCCAGCAGAACUUAUUCCACCUUCAAAAGCUAGUUCUGUGCCUUCUAAAGCUGGUUAGGGCAUCUUCUUUUUCCACAAUGCUGGGCAUGCCAAAAAAAAAAAAAAAAAAGCAAAAAACACCCAGGACAUCCCAACCCAACUGGGAAGACAUCAGAGACUCUCUACAAGUACAAGAGGCAGGUGAAGGUCCAGGAGCUUAGCAGAGUCAGUACCUUCAGCCAUAGGUGGAGAAUCCAAGGUUCUGAAAGGUAGACUCUUUCCAAGCAUCCUGCUGGUUAGAGACUAAGCUGGAACUCCGAUUUCAGAGCUGCUCUUAUUUAGAGUAUCCUGGGAAUAAUAUUUAAAGUUAAACUGGAGUGUAAUGUCUCUUUCAGUUUUGCUAUAGGUUUCGAAAGAAACAAAGCAGGCUUUAUGGAUGUAAGUAGGAAAAAAAAUCCCUAACCCCUGUGUGCCUGGAUAUCCUCAUCCCCUUCUCCUCACCUGAGGCCCUGUGGGAAUUUAUCAUUAGACGCAACUUUGAUGAACUAAGCCAGGUAAAUUACUGUUGUUGCUAUUUUAGUGACUUCAUUUCCUUUCAUCCCAGCACAUUUGUCUGCAGUACUAGACAUGUUUUACAAAUCAGCCAAUGUUUACACAAGUAUAUGCAGCUUGUUUGGGGGAAAGGAGACAAAAUAUGCAUAUUCUCUGCAAUUUGUGCCUGUUAUUCCUUUUUCUAAUCUCUGAGGAAACCAUUUAACCUAAGCAAGGUGGAUACUGGGUAGGACCCAGUGAAGUGACUUGCAUUAUAGAUUUAUUUUUGCAUAUGUAUUAAGUUCCAUUUUGACUUUCCAAAUAAAGUGGUUUCUUUCUU